AUGUUAUGUGAUGCUGACCCUUCUGCUCUUGCGAAAUAUGUGGUUGCCUUGGUGAAGAAAGAAAAAUCCGAGGAGCAGCUGAAAGCACUAUGCAUUGACCAGUUGGAUGUAUUUCUUCAGAAAGAGACGCAGGUAUUUGUGGACAAACUGUUUGAAGCUGUGAACGCAAAGAGUUACCUACCUCAACCGGAGCAGCCGACUUCUGCGAGCAGAACUGAAACUCACCAGCGCACAGAGAAAGAUGAAACCAAGAGAGAGGAGCCCAGCCGAGACGAGGAUCGAGAAAAGAAAUUCUCCAGGAGAAUAAACCACAGUCCUCCGUCUAGCUCCAGAUACCGCCGAGACGGCAGGAGAGUAGAUGACCGCAAGAAAGAUGACCGCUCCAGGAAGCGAGAGUAUGACUGUAACCCACCCAGAAGGGACUCGUACAGGGAACGUUAUAACCGCAGGAGAGAACGCAGCCGCAGUUACAGUCGCAGUCGUAGUCGCAGCUGGAGUAAGGACCGCACUCGUGAUCGGGACAGAGACCGAGAUCGGGACAGAGAGCGGGACCGCACCCGAUCACGAUCUCGCUCACAGAGUCGCUGCAGAAGCAGAGAGCGAGAUUCUGGAAAGCCAAAAUACGAGCACAGUCGUCCAGAGCGUCAGGAGGUCGCGACCACCGAUGGCUACACCGCUACUCCUCUCACACCCGGGAACACCUCUGCUCAUUUCCCUGUGCCCACCCUCAGUAGCACCAUCACUGUCAUCGCCCCCACCCACCACGGGAACAACACCACUGAGAGCUGGUCAGAAUUCCCACAGGACCACACGCCCUUCGGCAGAGGCGGCCCACCAAGAAAACGCUGUCGUGACUAUGAUGAGAAAGGCUUCUGUAUGCGAGGAGACAUGUGCCCUUUCGAUCACGGAAGUGAUCCAGUGGUGGUGGAGGACGUUAAUCUUCCCAGCAUACUUCCUUUCCAGCCACCGCCUCUUCCUGGAGUGGACGGCCCACCUCCUCCGGGUCUGCCGCCCCCUCACUCACUCCUGACUCCACCAGUGAACCUCAGACCACCUGUGCCCCCACCGGGCACCAUGCCACCAAGCCUACCACCUGUAGCGGGUCCUCCGCCUCCUCUUCCUGCUCUGCAGCCCUCUGGUAUGGACGCUCCACCAAACUCCAUCACCAGCUCUGUGCCCACUAUAGUGACGUCAGGUGUCCGGCCUCCGAUCAGCCAGCCUCCACCACCCCUGUUCACUUCAGAUUCAUUUGAGCCAGAGGUGUAUAAUCCUGAAGCCCCCAGCAUGACCUCACGACCCAUGUACAGACACAGAGUCAACGCUCAGCGGCCCAAUCUGAUUGGUCUAACCAUGGGAGAGGUGGAUCUGCCUCCUCGAGAGAAAAUGUCAAACAGCAACAGCGCUCGGAUAGUUUUAGAGUCAGACUCCAGGAAGAGAGGAGCAGGACUGCAUGAUGGAGCGAUUCCUGCAAAGAAACCCUGGUUUGACAAACCAAACUUCAACAAACCCAACCACCACGGCUUUCACAGGAAAGUGCCCUACUCUUCAGCAAACACCAAACUGGCCAUCCGUCAGAUUCCUCCUGAACUCAACAACAUCAGCAAACUAAACGAGCACUUCAGCAAGUUUGGCACCAUCGUCAACCUCCAGGUGGCAUAUAAUAAUUACCCAGAUGGGGCGCUGAUCCAGUUUGCUUCUCCUGAAGAAGCCAAACGGGCCAUGCAGAGCACAGAGGCAGUGCUCAACAACCGCUUCAUCAGAGUACACUGGCACAGAGAGGACGCAGUGGAGCACACAUACACCACGCCACAUCUGAUUUUAUUUAAAGAGAGCUACACCGCUACUCCUCUCACACCCGGGAACACCUCUGCUCAUUUCCCUGUGCCCACCCUCAGUAGCACCAUCACUGUCAUCGCCCCCACCCACCACGGGAACAACACCACUGAGAGCUGGUCAGAAUUCCCACAGGACCACACGCCCUUCGGCAGAGGCGGCCCACCAAGAAAACGCUGUCGUGACUAUGAUGAGAAAGGCUUCUGUAUGCGAGGAGACAUGUGCCCUUUCGAUCACGGAAGUGAUCCAGUGGUGGUGGAGGACGUUAAUCUUCCCAGCAUACUUCCUUUCCAGCCACCGCCUCUUCCUGGAGUGGACGGCCCACCUCCUCCGGGUCUGCCGCCCCCUCACUCACUCCUGACUCCACCAGUGAACCUCAGACCACCUGUGCCCCCACCGGGCACCAUGCCACCAAGCCUACCACCUGUAGCGGGUCCUCCGCCUCCUCUUCCUGCUCUGCAGCCCUCUGGUAUGGACGCUCCACCAAACUCCAUCACCAGCUCUGUGCCCACUAUAGUGACGUCAGGUGUCCGGCCUCCGAUCAGCCAGCCUCCACCACCCCUGUUCACUUCAGAUUCAUUUGAGCCAGAGGUGUAUAAUCCUGAAGCCCCCAGCAUGACCUCACGACCCAUGUACAGACACAGAGUCAACGCUCAGCGGCCCAAUCUGAUUGGUCUAACCAUGGGAGAGGUGGAUCUGCCUCCUCGAGAGAAAAUGUCAAACAGCAACAGCGCUCGGAUAGUUUUAGAGUCAGACUCCAGGAAGAGAGGAGCAGGACUGCAUGAUGGAGCGAUUCCUGCAAAGAAACCCUGGUUUGACAAACCAAACUUCAACAAACCCAACCACCACGGCUUUCACAGGAAAGUGCCCUACUCUUCAGCAAACACCAAACUGGCCAUCCGUCAGAUUCCUCCUGAACUCAACAACAUCAGCAAACUAAACGAGCACUUCAGCAAGUUUGGCACCAUCGUCAACCUCCAGGUGGCAUAUAAUAAUUACCCAGAUGGGGCGCUGAUCCAGUUUGCUUCUCCUGAAGAAGCCAAACGGGCCAUGCAGAGCACAGAGGCAGUGCUCAACAACCGCUUCAUCAGAGUACACUGGCACAGAGAGGACGCAGUGGAGCACACAUACACCACGCCACAUCUGAGCGUACAGCCAGCCCAUCAGCCUGCGGUGGCCACACCGAAACAGUCAGUGAAAGAUCGGCUCGGACCCCUGCCCACAGCCCACCCUGAACUCUCACACGACUCCGGCGGCGCUCCACAGAAUAUAACCAAGGCUUCAGUGAAGGAGCGUCUGGGCCUUUCUAAACACACUGGCUUUGGAGGAAAGGUUUUUUCCACAUCUACUGGCCUGACUAAGACUGUUUAUAACCCAGCUGCACUGAAAGCUGGCCAGAAGGGAGCGCCAUUUGGGACAACUCUCAUCGCUGAAGAUGCCCUGAAAAGGAAACGGGAGGCACUGAAGCUUCAGCAGGACGUUAGGAAAAAGAAGCAGGAGAUUUUGGAGAAGCACAUUCAGACUCAGAAGCUGCUGAUAUCUAAGCUGGAGAAGAACAAGUCCAUGAAGGCGGAGGAUAAGGCUCAGAUCAUGCUGACCCUCACCACCCUCACCAACAGCAUCACCAGACUACAGGAGCAGAUGAAAGGACUGUCCAGUGCUAAUGCCCUCAGGACCACACUUAAGAGCAAAGCUCAGGCUCAAAAGGAGCUCCUGGACACCGAGUUGGACCUUUAUAAGAAAAUGCAAGCAGGAGAGGACACUGCUGAUCUCAAGAUCAAAUACACUCAACUGCAGUUAGAGGCUGCCAAAAGGGGGCUUCUGACCCCAGGACGUGGGAGGGGGGCCCACGGCAGGGGUCGGGGGGCCCUGAGGAGCCGAGGCCGAGGGAUUCGAGGACGUGGGAGAGGACUCCCAACUCAUGCUGUGGUGGAUCAUCGACCCAGAGCUUUACAGAUCAGCGCUUUCACUGAGGCAGAUCGAGUCGACCUGCUGCCACACUUCGCACAAUACGGGGAGAUUGAAGAUUUCCAGAUGGAGGAUUCUAGUCCUAGUGCCAUCAUUACAUACAAAACCCGUGCAGAGGCUGAACAGGCGGCCAUCCACGGCGUUCGGUUAAAUAACCAGGAGCUGCGUUUGGCCUGGCACAAGCCCACGGCUUCCCUCAACACAACAGACCUGGAUGAGGUUGAACCUGAGGAUGAGGAGUUUCCAGAUGAUUCGCUCAUGGAUGAUUCCCUGCUGCAGGACGAUGACGAAGAGGAAGAAGAUAAUGAGUCGCGCUCAUGGCGCAGAUGAAGAUGAAGUUGUGUGUCCAGUCCUGCUGCACUGCACCACUCAAGCGCAUCGGAUCUUGAGUUCUGUGUUUUUGAAAUGGUUUUUAAUAAUAUUGAUUUACGUUUCAUUGGCUUUUUUAUUUUACUUAUCAAACCUGAGCAGCAAAUAGAAAACGUUACUCAAAAGGCUGUGAAUUUCAAUUAUUGAUAUGUAGAAUAACAUGAAUGAUUUGGUUUCUCGCCGUCAUCGUUUUGUUUUGUAUCGUGUCAAAACAUUGACUAACUUUUGGCGGCUGCAUUGUUUUUUUGUUUUUUU